GCUCAUGAUGGGGCUGAUCUUCGCUAAACUGUGGAGCCUCUUCUGUAACCAAGAACACAAAGUGAUUAUAGUGGGACUGGAUAAUGCAGGGAAAACUACCAUUCUUUAUCAAUUCUUAAUGAACGAAGUGGUUCAUACAUCUCCAACCAUAGGAAGCAAUGUUGAAGAAAUAGUUGUGAAGAAUACUCAUUUUCUUAUGUGGGAUAUUGGUGGUCAAGAGUCACUCCGGUCGUCCUGGAACACGUAUUACUCAAAUACAGAGUUCAUCAUUCUUGUUGAUAGCAUUGACAGGGAAUGACUAGCUAUUACGAAAGAAGAAUUAUACAGAAUGUUGGCUCAUGAGGAUUUACGGAAGUCUGCAGUCCUUAUCUUUGCAAAUAAACAGGAUAUGAAAGGGUGUAUGACAGCAGCUGAAAUCUCCAAAUACCUCACCCUUAGUUCAAUUAAGGAUCAUCCAUGGCACAUUCAGUCCUGCUGUGCUUUAACAGGAGAAGGGUUAGGCCAAGGUCUAGAGUGGAUGACCUCCAGAAUUGGUGUGAGAUAACUUUUUUACUCGAAAGAGACUGCUCUAUUUAUUCUGUGACAUGAACAUUUUUUCCUAGUACCUUCGGCUGCUGAGGCAGCAGCAUGUUUAAUUUA